GUCAGCCAAGCACAACAUCAGCCAACCAUAGAUCUGCAAUUGAUUGUCACAUUAGAAGACCAAUGUUUACAUCCACUGAACCAGACCCCAUACAUCAAAUCACUUCGCAGAGGCCAAGACAUUUCCUCGGAAGGACUGCAAACCGUGAUUACUAUCUCCCAAAGGAUCCGGUACCAUGCGUUUGAUCAGAAGAUCGAUCAUCUGAUCCAGAAGGUACAGGUUAUUGAUUUUAUGGAUGGGGUUAUGAUCCAGAAGGCAUUGUAG